CUUAAACAAGCUAAUGUGUAUAAAACAACGAAUAGCUUAUUUCAUGAGGUUGAAUUCAAAUGAUAACCUUGCAGUUUCUUCAUUUUUGCUCCUUUUCCCCUCUUCAUUACUUAAUUUUUUUUACUUGUUCUCUUUUUCACCUUGUUCACCUAAAAAACCCAAAGUGUUAUUCAAAUUUUUCAGUUUAUCCCGUUUGAAGUGAGGUUGAAUAAUUGAAGAAAACCGUCAACUGCUAUUUGUUUCAAAAUUUUGUUUUUUUGUAAUCAUUGGUUUAACUUAAACUUCUUCCAAGGAUUGGGGCGAUGGGCGAAGACAACAAACCUCAGAUUGGUCUGUCAAGCUCUGCAAUACCAACAAACAGUCCAAAUGUCACAAGUAUCAACAACAACAACAUUAUCAAUCCUAAUAAUGUAGCAUAGGAUCGCCAACAAGUCCAACAUCAACCAACUCAUUUUCUCCUAACAGUAACAAUAAUGUGUUAAUAAUCAAUGGAUCUAAUUCUGCUGACUAUUUGGCACAAUUACUUAAAGACAGGAACCGUUUACAAGCAUUUCCAAAUGUAUUUGUUCACAUUCAAAGACUGGUUGACAAUGAAAUCAAAAGAGUUCGAGAUUCUUUAUUUCACAUGGAAGGUGAAGAAAAGCAACCUUUAUUAUUACCGGACCCAGAAGGUUCAAUUGUACAACAACAAGAAAAAGUUUAUGUACCUGUUAAAGAAUAUCCUGAUUAUAAUUUUGUUGGAAGAAUUCUUGGACCUCGUGGUAUGACAGCGAAACAGCUCGAACAAGAAACCGGUUGUAAAGUAAUGGUUCGCGGUCGUGGGUCUAUGAGGGAUAAGAAAAAGGAGGAACAAAAUCGGGGUAAACCUAAUUGGGAGCAUUUGAAUGACGAGCUUCAUGUUUUGAUUACUGUAGAGGACACAGCAAAUAGAGCUGCAAUCAAGAUGAAAAGAGCAGUAGAAGAAAUUAGAAAAUUGUUAAUUCCUGUUACUGACGGAGAAGAUGAAUUAAAGAAACGUCAAUUGAUGGAAUUGGCCAUAAUCAAUGGAACUUAUCGAGAUGGAACCGUGAAAAACUGUAUUGAAAGUGAACACAUGAAACUUCUAGCUCCUCCUAUUGCUUUGACAACGCCAAUUCGUACACACACAGCAACAUCUCUCGGUGCUCCACUUAUAUUUUCCCCUCGCCAUAUUCAUGUGCCAACAAGCACUGCUCUACUUAACGGAAGUAAUGCGCCUCCACCACUGAUUGCUCCAGCCGAUGCUGGAUUUUUAUAUGCACCAUAUGAUUUUCAUCAAUAUGCAGCACUCACUUCACCCUUGUUAGCAGAGUAUCCUGUAGCACCUCAAGGAGAUAAUACUACAACCGCCUUUUUCAUCAGAGCUUUCAUUGUUUCCAAUUUUGCUUCAGCUUAGUCUCAACUUUCCCUGUUGAAGUCGUAUUUCCUCCCUCGCUUUUUCAUCUCCCGUGCUUUACUCAUCACAUUUGCACCCUCAAUGGUCCUUCAAUCAUCCCUUUUUUUCUUUUCUCUUCCAUCCAUUUCUAUUGAUUCUAUUCUUUUAACUUUCAAUUAACUCGCUGAAAUCAAACUUAAUGUUCACUUAAAUGGCUAAUCUGUUUUCACUGUUUAAUCUGUAUAAAACUUGGUAAGAUUGAGAGAGAGAGAAAGAAAACUAACUUUGCUAAAACCAUAAUCUCAGCGUAAAAAACUGCUUCUUUUCAAUCUUUCACUUAAUUAUUUUUAUU